AUGGCCUUUCUCGCAGCUGUUAUGACGUUGGGUCCGGCCACCUAUACGUGUAUUCGUUGUUACGCCGACUGGCCCAUAGUGCUCAUUGCACUAGGACAGCUUACUCCAUGGAGUUUCAAGAUGUUUAACGAUGGCGCGAGAGGCUGGCAAGCAGCAGCAGAAGCAGGCGGUUACUCAAAACUAGCUAGUUCGAGUUCGGAAAGUCAUGAGCCGAAAUUUAACGAGUCGAGGGAUAGGCUUUACAGAUACUUGGGUGCUAUUGUAACCGUCAUAUUAUCGAUUACUGGUUGGGCAGGCUUGACCAUGAUAAGCUAUGAACUACAUCGCAUAAUGGAGACAUUACAUUGGGUUUGGGUAAUAUACGCAGUGGGUUUCGGUUUGUCACCUAUAAUAAUUAUUACUAUACGUAAGGCAUACGGAGCCGGGAUGAUAUCUGCCAUUAUCUUCUUUUUGGGAAAGCGUUUACUGUUUUUUGAUAUUGAUUGCAAAUGUUGUUGA